AUGGCUCUGCAACUAUUAAGUUGGAAUUGUAAUGGCCUCAACUCUCCUCGGAAAAGGAAAAGUGUUUUUCAUUUACUAAAAAAGGAACAAUUGGACUUGAUUUGCCUACAGGAAACACACGUGAUAAGGCUACAUAGGAAAGUAUUGAUUAACAAGAGAUUGGGACAGGAGUUUAUUUCAUCUGACAAAGUUAAAAAAAGAGGAGUAGUGAUCUAUGCAAAGGAGAGACUAUCACCGAAAUUCAUCUUUAAAGACGAUCAAGGAAGAUUUGUGGCAAUUGAAAUUCAAAUACAAGGAGAGAAAUUUUUGAUAGUAGGAGUUUAUGCACCGAAUGAGGGGAAAUCUGAAUUCUUUAAAAAGUUGCAUGAGACCUUAAUGGACUAUUUGGAUUACAAUCUGAUUUUGAUGGGGGAUAUGAAUGGAGUAGUAUCUACAAACAUGGAUAAGGCACAAAGACAGGUAGUCACCAAGGAUGGUAGACUACCGAAAACAUUUUUUGAGAUGACAGACAACUUGGACUUAGUCGACAUUUGGAGAACAAAGAAUCCCUUGGGAAGAGAGGGAACUUUCUUUUCUGAAGCCAAGAUGACAUGGACUAGAAUCGACCAAAUAUGGGUAACUAGAGGAAUGGCACCAAAGAUAAAGAAAGCGGAAAUUUGUCCAAAAACCUGCUCCGACCAUAAUGCUGUAAGGAUGGAGAUGAAACUAAUAUCAACUGGCUCCUUCAGAUGGAGGAUGAAUGACACCUUAUUUAGAGAUGAAGAUGUGAUUAAGAAGGCCCAAAAACUUUGA